GGCAAAGGUUAAAGAAAUUGCGAAAUAGCAUUUCCGAAUCCCGAAACGGGUCAGUUCUUCUUUUAGAAAAUUGUAGCAAGCAAGUGAGCCAUUAACCAAAACGAAUCAAUGGAGCAUGUACUCGUAUAGAGAUAGAGCAGCCUCUAAACCAAAAAAAAAGGGAUCUAGAAACAAUGGUGCGCAACUCUCCAUCUGCCGGUAACAAUGAUGCUUCGGACAACCAUCACGACUUGAUCCCCGGACCCCACGACAAAUAUACUGCCAAUAACAAGGCUCCGCUAGCCAACGAUACCAGGUCCCCCCCUCCCCAGAUCGACCCAACAGCCCUCAAGGCGGAGGAUAUAAGCAACAGCACCGUAUCCGCCUCUACGCAAGCCAGCAGCGCAUCAGAGCCCGUGCUCCACCUCCGCGGCGGCGGGGCCAUAGCGAGCGUCAUUGUGCCGGAUCCCUAUCCAGAUGAUGACCAGCGUCCCUCUAGGGUUCUCUGGUACGUCUCAACCGGCACCGGGAGGAGACCAACAUUUGGCGAAAUCAGGCGAGCGCGGACUAUGCAACGGAGUAACAGCGAUGGUCGUAGCAGUUAUGGAGGUCAUGUGCCUGAAAAGACGUAGGCAGGAGCCUGAGUGGGAGCCUCCGGAUGAACUGGUGCCGGCCUUCUACCCGCCUCGUCCUUAGGCGGUCCCCGAUUCCUCCUGUGGUGCGGGUUCACAGUCUUCACGGUCGUGCACCGUCAGAGCCCAAUUUUGAGCCGUUGCCUCCACAUGUUCAGUGCUCUUGUGUUGGUCCUCUGAUACGCAUUUCAUCUAUCACUACCAUCAUUACUCUUCGUAGCAAUGGGCCAUUUCGCCAUGUAGACGAGGAUGAUUCCCGAGGUAACCGUUGGAGAUCCCAGACUUGAAUUGUAUGGCGAUGUUGUUGUUCACCGCCUUCAUUCGCACUUAUUUCCUUUUUUUUCCGCUUCCUCGUCCUCUUCGUCUUCUCUAGGUCAGGAGAGGAAAAAUGUUUUUGUAGUUUGAGAUAUUGCAGCCUACCUAGUUGGUAUCAACCCCACACAACAGAUAGCAGAACAUCAAUAGAUAUGAUUUGAACAGAGAGUCUAGUAUUGGAUUCUUG